AGUCUCUCGCCACCAGCCAUCGUGUACGGAUGAUUUUGGCGCCGAAAUUGAAAAAAAAUCGUUUUUGGAAUUUUUCUUCGCGAAUCGCGCGGGGGUGUGAGAGAAUGUGAAAAGUUCGUUUGUGGCGCAAAGAAAUGGAUACGGGAUUGUCACCAAUUGGAGAUUUAGACUCAAGUUCCGGAACGUCCGAAAGCACAAAUCCAACAACCCUCAAUCAGGGUUCUACCUACCAAAAUCAAGGAAUCUACCUCAAUACCCAAGCAUCAGGCUACCGAACGAACGGUGUAAAAACGGUUUUCUUUUCGGAGAAACUCCAGGCAUUCACGGCAGACAAAGAAUAUGACCGGAAGCUGAUAGAUGGGAAUUUUGGGGAAAUGAAGGCACCCGGUGAUCUAAAUUACUUCGAGACCUCCCACCAGCAGCAGAAAGCCUCCCCACCCACAUCCCUGCCCGCCUACGAUAUGAGCCCAGCUCAGUUGACCGCGAAACCCCUGCUGGAACCCCUCCAUCCACCCUCAGUCCAAGACACCCAGCACAUACCACAUGCACCUGAGAAUAACAACACCUUCCUCAGCAUGGCACCGAUGACGGUGAAUCCGGACAUUAGCCGGAAGUGCUUGGUGUUCAGUGCGAAUCAGGUGCAGUGCAUGUGUGAGGCGCUUCAGCAGAAGGGUGAUGUGGAGAAGUUGGCCACGUUCCUGUGGAGUCUCCCACCGAGUGAGGUUCUACGCACAAAUGAGAGUGUCCUACGGGCAAGGGCACUCGUGGCCUACCACCGGGGGCUCUUCCACGAACUCUACUCCCUGCUGGAGUCCCAUUGCUUUCCACCAAAGUACCACGCAGAGCUGCAAACUCUGUGGUACAAAGCGCACUACAAAGAAGCUGAGAAGGUACGUGGACGCUCCCUAGGGGCUGUGGAUAAGUACCGUCUGCGGAAGAAGUAUCCUCUGCCAAAGACAAUCUGGGAUGGUGAGGAAACGGUUUAUUGCUUCAAAGAGCGCAGCCGAAAUGCCCUCAAAGACUGUUACACAAGAAAUCGAUAUCCGACGCCCGAUGAGAAGAAAACUCUGGCGAAAAAGACCGGGCUCACGAUGACUCAAGUGUCCAAUUGGUUCAAAAAUCGCCGACAGCGUGAUAGAACACCCCAAGCGAGAACUGACAUGAUUAUGCCUGUGAUUCCCGUCACACCAACGGUGGAUGCUAAUUUUGGGAGACUCUUUAACUCCUCCAGCUACGGCCAUUCCUACCAGGAAGUCGUCUACAAUGGCCAAUGAAUUGCCGGCCAUUUUACAUCUUUUAAUUGUAAAUAAAUUCUUUAUGUUUAAGACUCCAUAAUUGAAUCUUUGGAAUUAUAUUAAGUAUAUUAGGUAUAUAAUUAAUAAAAUUUAGAAUUACCAGUUCUCUUUAGAAAAUAUAUAAUAAUGUGCAAUUAA